CCAGCAGGGCAACCUCCGAACAGCAGCCACGACGCAGCAAAAGGAUCGCAGAUCUCGAACAAAAACAGCCACCUGCAGAUCGACAGCAGCCACAGACCAGCACUCAGAUGGCGGACACAACAAACAGCGGAACGUCAUCUGAAAGUUCGACAUCUGGCAAUGCCGAACCCUUACCGGUCUGUCCGGUGCAAGGGCCGAAUGAGUCCCUCCCGGACUUCAUUCAGAGAGUGCAGGACUAUACAGCCGCACUCACCCUUGCCAAAGAACGGCAAGAGGCUGCCAAAGCAGAGAGACUACGGCUAGCAGCAGAAGCUGCAGCCGCAGCCCAGCGUCAAGCUGAGGCAGACCAGUUGGCGACCGAUCAGCUCAACGCCAACAGCGCUGAACUUCUGCUUUCUAGCCAAGAGCAGUGGACAGCGGUACUCAACGGGAUGCGUUAUGUUCCCGUAGCCGGCACCGAGCCAACGACAGUGCAACAGGAGAGGCAAAACCUGGCGGACAUUCUACUCAACACGAUGCGCGCAGUCAUCUGGAACAGCACCAUGGGGGAACUUCAUUCCAAGGCCACACGGCAGCUGCAGCAAGAUCUGAACCACAACGUGAAGACACUUGCAGCAGCCGUCAAGGUCGUGGACUCCCAGCUGAAACAGUUGGACGCCCGCAUUGCUACUCUGGAGGCAGGGCCUCCCCAAGCAGCGCCAGGCUGCACGACGGACGUGACGAAGCAGCUCAAUGGGCGCAUCGAUCAUGUCGUCAAUCUCAUCGGCGACUUAGGUGCUUUCACUGGGCCGGACACGAUCAGUAGCACGGUGGCCGCCAUCAAGACGGACAUCACCAARCUGCAGACGAGACCGGACGCCGCUACCAAGAAUUUCAAGAUGCCGCAGUUCACCAUCAGCAAGUUCGACGACUACAACAAGACCGACGCUUUGACAUGGUGGCAAGGUUUCCUCAGGGAAGCAUCCUGCCGCACUGUCCCGACUGAAGACAUGUUGAAGGCGCUCUACCUACAACUGAUUGGAGGAGCGCAGGCAUGGAUGAAUCACCUGGCGGCUACCAAGCAAUGCACCAUCGCCGAACUCCACACGCACAUCACGUGGAAGGAGUUCGAGCAACUAUGGUUCACUCAAUUCAUGGUCCGCAUCGUCGUGAAGGUGGCCAUGAACGAGCUGUACACUUGCUCACAGGGAAUUGUGAGAAUUCGCGACGCCAUUGCUUGGAAUGACGUCGAGGAGAUGGACCUUGUAUUCUUGCAUGCUCUCCCCUCGCCGGUCGGACCAGCCGCGUCACCGCCGGACCCACGCAUCACUCACCUCUUGGACGAGUAUAGAGACGUCUUUGAGGCUCCCACCGGAACGGUUCCGGAUCGGCCCAUACGUCACGGGAUCACUCUCGAGGCUGGCGCCGUCCCUCCGCGUGGAUGUAUCUACCGCAUGAGCGAAGAGGAACUCGAGGUGCUUCGCGCACAAAUCGAUGACCUUCUCGACAAGGGCUGGAUUCACCCUAGUUGUUCGCCCUACGGUGCCCCUGUUCUCUUCGUCCGGAAGAAGAACAAAGAUCUACGGUUAUGCAUCGAUUAUCGCAAACUUAACGCACAAACCGUAAAGAACGCCGGCCCUCUCCCUCGGAUUGAUGACCUCCUUGGGCGGUUAGGCGGCGCGACGUACUUCUCAAAGUUGGACUUAAAGUCGGGCUACCACCAGAUUGAAAUCCAGCCUCAAGAUCGGUACAAAACCGCGUUCAAGACGCGGUACGGGCAUUUUGAGUGGGUUGUCAUGCCUUUUGGCCUCACCAAUUCCCCCGCGACUUUUCAAGCAGCUAUGACGACUGAGUUUCGCGACUUGCUCGAUCGCAUCGUCCUCAUCUACCUCGAUGACAUCUUGGUCUAUAGCAGGACGUUGGACGAGCACAUCACACACCUUCUCGCUGUUUUGAAUCGUUUGCGACUGGCCAAGUACAAAGCGAACCGCGACAAGUGCGAGUUCGCCAAGCAGGAACUUGAGUAUUUAGGCCACUAUGUUACGCCGAAAGGCAUUCGUCCCUUAGCGGACAAGAUCCAAGCCAUCGUGGAUUGGCCGGAACCCCUUUGCCACCGUAACAAGGGUCGAUCUCGAGUCCCCUUCGGCGAACUGAAACCGUUGUCGAUUCCUCGAGCACCGCGCCUCUCCAUUGCUAUGGACGUGACAGGCCCGUUCCCCCGCGAUCGCCACGACCAUGACGGUAUUCUCACGGUCGUUGACCGUUUGAGCAAGUAUGCUCGCUUCCUUCCUUGCAAGUAUCAUGCUGCAGCGCCUGAGCUCGCACGACUCUUGCACACCGGUUGGAUUACCAACCAGGGUGUUCCGGAAGACAUAGUGAGCGACCAAGAUACUCGCUUCAUGUCGGCCGUUUGGACUUCAUCCAUGGCUGAGUCCGGUACGACAAUGAAGUCGAGCUCGGCUCGGCACCCGCAGACGGAUGGCCAGACGGAGCGAGCGCACCAGACCGCUCAGAUGAUGUUGCGUACGCUCAUCCAUCCCGACCAGAAAGAUUGGGUUGACCGGCUUGCUGACAUCGAGUUCGCCUAUAACACUUUGGUGCACCCGGCGAUCUACGUCACACCAUUCAAGCUACAUCAUGGUGGAGAGAAAGCACGGAUCUUCGCUGAUCUCCUUUUGCCACAGGCUGCCGACAUAGACGUCCCUUUCUCUCCCGCUUCCGUUUGGAAGUACCGGGACUUGCUGAUCAAAGCCCGCGCGAAUAUGCAAAAGGCUCAGAUCCGCAUGCAGCAGCAGGCUAACCGACGUCGACUUCCAUGCCCUUUCCGCGAGGGAGACCUUGUUUGGGUCCUCUUCGCGGAACUUGCGCUCGAGCAGGACGUUUCGCGCAAACUCCUUCCGAAAUGGUUCGGACCAUGGGAAGUCACUUCUGCCGUUGGAGACGACCCCGCAGGUCCUUCCUUUGUGGUCAACAUUCCUCUGCACCUUCCAGUGCACCGGGUCUUCCACGCAUCGAAGCUGGCCAUCUACCCGCCGACGAGUUUCCCGACCGUCGAUCACAGGAUCCGCCUUCUAUGGACGGACAUCAGGAAGUCGACCGAGUCAUCAUGCAUCGCAAGUAUGGCAACAAGCCAAUGCAGUUCAAAGUCACAUUCAAGCAAUGUGCGCCUGAUGACACUCGGUGGAUCUCCAAUACAGAUUUGCAGACUUCUGCACCCCUUAUCUUCGCCGACUAUGAGAAGCGACGCCUUGCUAAGGAAGCAGCUCGUCCUGCCCGACCCACCCCGGUAUCGGACAGACAACUUCGCCCUCACAAGUAGCUCGGUCUUUUAAGAGGGGGAGUGUGUUACAUCUUCGACGCCACACGGGUCCUACCGGACCCGACUUAGGGUUAGAGGGACACAGUAGGGCCUAAAGGCCCUCCUUGGGGGUACUACAGGCCGUAAAGGCCUCACUUUGGACCAGACCCGACGGGCAGGCCCAAACGACAUUACCGUUUGGACCUGGCGGCGCUCUUGAGGCUGCCGCCCGCCGGUUGGGGCUGAUCCGUCCAUCUUGACGGUUCAGGGCACGGCCAGGCCUCGCAGCAUUGAGGCCGGCCUUUGCCCCACCGGUCCAGCCUCAUUCAGGGAUCGAACCACCCGCAACUUAGCGGUGCGUUAUGGUUAGCGCCAGAGCGCUAGCGCUA